AUGCCAAUGCGGCCUCAUGUCACACCCUGCUUCUAUCCACCUCAAAUCGUCCGAGCAGGCUCGAGGGCGUCUCCCGCGCCCAAAGCGCAGUCUAUCUACCGCGCGAUUUGCAAGAUAGGAGUCAACCGGCCCCGCUCUGCACUUGAGUCACAUCCCACGCCACGUACCACUCUGUCGUGCAAGCUAUCGAUCAAGCGCUUUUCCUCUGCUUCGAAGAGCAAGCUGCUCGAAUUCUACAGGCAAAAAGUCAACUCUGGGACUCUGCAGUACGAUGCCAGACAAGAAUGCGCGCUCGAGAAGCUCGCCUCGCUUCACGCCAUCUUGCCCAGUUACGAAAAACUCUUUUUGGCCAAAAACAAGAAACUGAAGCCGAACUGGCUCACCAACAAAUUAAGCCCCGUGCUUGACGGGUUUCUGGAUCGCUUCUAUGCGAGCCGCCUGAUUCCCCCGAAAGGAUUCUACAUCUACGGGGAUGUGGGAAGCGGCAAGACGAUGAUCAUGGACCUGUUUCUGGAGGCAGUUGAUCUCCGCUUCAAACACCGUACCCACUUCAACUCUUUUAUGAUUAACUUCCAUGAGUCACUUUUUCACGACAGAACAAGCAAGGGGAAACCAGAAAAAGCGAAGGUCGACUUGAUAGACCUGAUCACCGAUAAAAUGGUUGAAAAAUCGCCCGUGCUGUGCCUUGAUGAAUUUCAAGUAACCGAUAUCGCCGACGCCAUGAUUCUGAGCCGUCUGUUUGGAUCACUUUGGAGCAAGGGUGCGGUCAUCCUCACCACGUCUAACCGCCAUCCGGAUGAGCUUUACAAGCACGGCUUGCAAAGAGAGCUGUUUCUGCCGUUCAUCGAGAGCCUGAAGCAACACUGCAUAGUUCACGACAUCGACUCGAGCACAGAUUACCGGGCCCAAAGCCACCAGUACAACGGACCGGGCGAUCCCGAAGAAAGUUUGGAGGACAAGUGGAAAAAAAUAGUUCAUAACCAAAUUGUCGAGCCCAGAGAACUGCAGCUCUACUCAAGAAAGAUAGUUGUGCCUCGAGCGACUGAACAUGCGGCCUGGUUCACGUUUGACGACCUAUGUGUGAAGCCAUUAGGGCCCGCAGAUUACAAGCUGAUCGCCUCUACAUUCCGAGUCAUAUUUCUCGCGGACAUUCCGGUUAUGACACUUGAUAACCGCAACGAAGCCAGGCGCUUCAUUACGCUCAUAGACGAGUUGUACGACCGCCGCGCAAAACUCAUUAUUCCCCCCGACGUUCAAGUUCAAAAGCUGUUUCCGACCAUAUCCGAUAUUCGGACUCGGACAGGAGUGGCCACGGGCGAAGAGGAGGUGUUCGCGUUUGCUCGCACCGUGUCGCGCCUGCUAGAAAUGCAAACUGCCAAAUAUCUGGAGGCAAAAUAA